AUGAAAGUUGUGCCGGAGACCAAUGCUGUUGACCAGGGUGCUUUAGCAACAGGCCGCUCUUCUGCGCCUGUUUGUGGAAGUCGUCGAGUUCUUUCGGUGCUCCUUGUGUCCGUCACCCUGACGAGGGCCACCCUCACUAUUUUCGCCAUCCUCAGCACUGAGUUUGAUCAAAGGUUCUUGUACGGUGACCUGCCCAUUUUAGUGCAACUGGCAGAUGGCUUUGCUCGGCCCGCGGUGGCGGCUGUGGGUUUGGUACCUUUUUUCUUCCGCUACAACCGAAAGUCCGUUCUGCAAGGGAUGAGCCUUGCUGGAUGCGUAUGUGUUAUGUGUAUGUCCUCUAUUUUGGACCUGCUUGCAUUCCUAUUCGCCCUCCCCCCGUCGAGUACAACAACACCUUUCACGUUUACUGGCCCGAUGAUGGGGCUCUGCUGGUUUACCCGAUUCGGGCAAACGGGUGUCGCAUGCUGGAAGCUUGCACUGUUAGGCUGGCGCAAGACAGCAGUAGGAAGCUUGUAUGCUUCAAGCUGCUGGGCGUUGCUCUACGUGCUCAGGUCCUACCUGAGGUACGACCAACUUAAAGAGUUCCUUGAGAGUCUUGCAGUUGUGGGUCUCUUCUUGGGCAGUCUAGGUCUUCUAACAGCAGUGAGUGUGUCGAUCUUAUUUUACGAGUUCAUUGUGAAGCAACGGAUGCUGAGACAGAUUGCGGAUCAGGAUUUGAUCAGAAAGGCUUCCAGAGCUGCGUGGUUCUUGCUUCUCGGCGCCUUCCUGCUUUUGCUGGAUGCCAUCUACUUGCCUUUGGUGGAGUUCUUUGGCCACGAGAUAGGCCUGAGUCCGGCCCUGUUUCUGACCUUUGACAACAGCCUGGUGCUGGCGUCUAUCCUGGUCCUCGGUGGCCUCGUCGGACCGGCAGAGAUGUUGGAGCAGGAUGAGGUUCUGCAGGAGCUCGCGCACAUGGCUUUCACACAAAAGAAGCGCAUCGCGUUUCCCGGGCGGGUGAACCCCAACUCACAGCACUGCAUUGUCAGUUUCCCUGGCAAGUAUGCAGAAGAGUGGGAUGCUGCUGUGCGCAUGGUCGAAGUGCGUUCUGGCGCCUGCAGCCUUGCAUGCGUCUUUUUGACGGACCAGCAGUCUGGCUUAGGCGUGCACAAGGAGAACCCAGAGAACCCGAGCGAAUGUUGGUGCAGGUCGCUGUACGGCCGGGUGCCAGCAGCGGCUUAUAUCAGCAUAGUGGAAGGCCCAGAAACCAUGACUGAGGAUGACCUUCGAUUCAAAGAGGCCGACGCAAAGGCCAUGGGCCAAAUACUGGUAAAAAAGGAGGGACAAAGCGAUGAGCAGUGGAAGAAGGACAAGAAAGACGCAGAGAUUUCGGCUCAGCACAAGUGCGAGGAAGUGAAUUUUGUUGCACCUUGGGGGUGCCAGUGGUUUCAAGACUGGAAGCAGAAUGUGGAUGAAGCUGUGGAACUUCGCCAAACGUUGCACGUUUUCUAUUUCAAAGACAGAGUGGGAUGUGGGAAGGUCCCGUGGCAGAAGCUCUCGAACGAGACCUCUGUCAAAGAGGCCCGCCAAAAUGGUGGCCUUGGCGCAUCCCAGACUGCGGAAGUAGCCUACUUAGAGAAGUGUGGCUAUCAGUUUGAGGAGCAUGAUGUUGCAGAAUUUUAUAGCUUCAUGGAGACGCACAAGACCAAACAUUAA